GGUCGAACAUCACCACCCAUUCCUCGGUGAUUCCCGCAGGGUAUGUGCCUGUGCGUGGGUAUAUAAGUAGCGCGUCGAUUCGACGUGACAUUUAAGUUUUGAAUCUCUGCCUGGAGCACGGAUCGAAAGGUAUUUUGACGUUGGUGUAUUCCUCGAACGUGCCAACGAUCACAACGCAGGAUGUCGUCGGGCGUCAUAGACAUACUCGUGGACAUGGGUUUCAGCAUGUCCAAGGCUGAGAAGGCCUUGGAAAUUACCGGCAACAAAGGCGUGGAGCCAGCGAUGGAAUGGCUAUUGGCGCAUUCCGACGAGGCUGAGCCAGCACCUGAACCUACCAUGGUGGAAGGCGCCCCGGCACCGGUCACCGACACACCGUCCCAGGACAAUGUUGCUGGUGCUACCAGCCAGCAGGUAUCCACGACAGAGACGGCCAAAUCAAUGAAGUGCGAUGUAUGUGGAAAACUCUUCAAGUCUAACUUAGAGGUAGAAUUUCACGCUACGAAAUCAGGACACGACAGAUUCUCCGAAAGUACAGAAGAAAAGAAACCUCUCACCGAGGAGGAAAAGAGAGAACAGUUGAAGAUGUUGGAAGAGAAACUGAGGCAGAAGAGGAAGGAAAGGGAGGAACAAGAGAAAAAGGACGCGUUCGAGAGAGAAAGGAAUAGGAUACGGUCAGGAAAAGAAAUGUCCGAAGCCAGGAAAAAGCUAGAAGAAUUAGAAACGAUAAAGCUCUUCGAGCAAAGGAAACGUGAGAAAGCAGAAGAGAAAGAAGCACGACAAAGAGUCAGAGCACAGAUUGAAGCUGAUAAAGCAGCAAGACGAGCUAAAGCAGCUGCCGAGAGCGGGCAAUUACUUAAUACUGUUUCAGCUCCAUUGCCUGCAAUAUCUUCCUCGUCUACGACGCAUCACAGGAAAGAUUACAGUGAAACUAAGCUUCAACUCAGGCUUACCAACGGGCAAACUUUGAUACAAAAUUUCGGAAGUAAGGAACAAUUGUCCGCAGUGAGACUGUUUAUUGAAAUGAACAGGACAGAUGGUGCUGGUCCUUUUCAGUUAAUGACUACUUUUCCUAAGAAAGUAUUCACAGAGGAGGAUUAUGACACACCGUUGGACGUGUUGGGUUUGGUGCCCUCGGCAGUCGUGAUUGUUCAGAAGAAGGUGGAAUGAUGUAGCCAAUGAUGCCCUAAUUCGUAAGCAGAAACACUGAUGUACAUUCUCAUACAGAUUAAUUACAAGACAUUCACCAGUGUAAUGAUAAUUCUUCUCAUCAGUAAGAUAUCUAUGACAAGCUUGUUUAUCUGUAAUAUACAAACACAUUCUUUCUGGUU